AUGAAUUAAUGUACAUUAUGUUACGAUAAUAUUCCUUUGAUUUCUGGAACUUGUUCUACUUGCUAAUAGAAGGAUGAUUUAACUUUUCUAUUGAUUCCAAAAGGAUGUGUUGUUUAAUGUCCAGAUGGGUAUAACUGUGACAAAGAUAAAGUAUGCUAUCAAAAUUAAAGUAACAAUUAUUUUAUUUUAUUAGAAUUAAUAACUUAUAGUAAUUCAUAAUUAACCAAGAUUAAAGAAGAUUAUUAAAUAUCUGGUAGUUUGGAAUAAUCUGCAAUAUUAUUAAGAUUAACUCUUAAAGUAUAACUAAUUGGCAAGAAUAAAUUUUUUGAUUUGAAAAUAAAUGGACAGUAUAUUGCUUAUAUAAAUCGAUUCUAGAUUUACUCAAAAGUAAAAUAUGACUACUUGUAGAAAAUGUAGAAUUAAAUUAUACUUGAAUUUAAUUAUCCAAUUAAUUCAGAAUAAUUUAUUAUUUAAAUUGAUGCAAAUAAGUAAAAAUAAAAUUUUUAAGCUCCAGAAGUUAAGAUAUAAUAUUUAGUUUGCGCCUUGAAUUGUUAAAAAUGUAAAAAUAACAAAAUUUGUGAAAUUUGUAAACCAUCCUAUUACUUGUAUUAAGGGGAAUGUUUUAAUAAUUGCCCUGUGUACACUACAUAAUCAGAUCAGACUUGUGUUGAUUCUGAUGAAAAAAUAAAUUAUGAUGAAAAUUAAGAGGUAAUAAUUUUGGUAAAAGAAUUUUGUGAUCUUUCAACUACUUAAGAGAGAAUAAAUGAAUUAUUUAACGUUGUAGUGAACAGUGGAGAUAAUUAUAAUAAUUAUAAUUUUUAAAAAGGAGAUGGUAUUUACUUUUCAUAUUUUGGUAAUAAAAGAAUAUUUGGAGGACCUUUUGUAUGGGUAAAUACUAAGUUUUAAUUUCAUCUAAAUCUAUAAAAUAUUUAAUAAAUUGUUUAUGUUAAAUUUGAAGUAAUUUUAGGAGAUGAAUAAAUGAGUAGAGAGUAAUUUCAUUAUCAAAUAAAUUCAGAAGUUAAGAAAUCACUUCAAAUCAAUGAAAAUAAAUAAUUACAUUAUGAUUAAAAUUGGUAGGAUAAUUAUUUUAUUGAUGUGAUAUAAGUUAUAGAAACUAUUUAAUAUUAAGAUGAUCAUGAAAAUGCAUUGGACAUACUUUUUCAUUGUGAUAAUGCAUUUGAAAAUGCAAAUACAACAUUUUGUGGAAUUUAAAAUCUUAUUAUUUCAUUUUAGACUUUAAAAUAAGACUAAAGUGAUUCAUCAGAUUAGGAUUACAUUAAUGAUGAAGAUAUGGAAAAUAUAUUUGAAAUAUCAAUAUGUGGUGAUGGAAAAGUUUCUUAUGAUGAGGAAUGUGAUGAUGGUAAUCUCAUACCUUUUGAUGGAUGUUUUAAUUGUGAAUAUUCAUGUGAAUAAUUAUGUUAAUUUUGUGUUAAAGGAGAAUGUUUGCUUAUGUUUGAAUAAUAAUAAUAAAGUUAGAUAUUUUAGAAUACAUUUAUUAUUUCUUAAGAAUUAAAUGAAAAUAAAUUCUCUUGUAUUAUGAUAGAUUGUGAAGUUUGUAUUUAAGGAAUAUGUUUAUAAUGCAAGAUUGGAUAUUAUAUGAAUUAUAUAAAUAAUUAAUGUGAAUCAAUAUGUGGGGAUUUAAUAAUUUAAGGAUUAGAAUAAUGUGAUGAUGGUAAUUUAGAUGAUUAUGAUGGUUGUUCAGAUUGUUAAUUAAUUGUAUAUGAAAAUUGUAUUAUGUUAUAAACAUGUGCAGUUUGUCAUUAUGAUAAAUGUUUAAAAUGUAAUGAUGGAUAUACUUUAGAAAAUAAUAUAUGUAUUUCAAUUUGUGGAGAUGCUUUAGUCAAUAAAUUAGAAGAAUAAUGUGACAACCCAAAUGAGAUAGGAUGUAUUAAUUGUUAAAUAGAAAAAGGGUAUAUUUGUUAUGGUUAAAGUUAUUCUAUUUGUAAGACAUGUAGUAAUUAUUGUAUAGAUUGCUAGACUAUUAAUUAAUAGAAUCUCAUAUGUAAUGAUUGUAUUAUAGGUUACUAUCCUAUUUAAGAUAAUUGUUUAGAAUGUGAUAAAAAUUGUAUAACUUGUAAGAUUUAAUCAAAUUUAUGUACAUCAUGUUAUAGAUCAGAUUGUGAAAUAUGUGAAUCUAUUCCAGGUUAUUAUACUGAUUUUUAAAUUAAAAGAUGUGUUACUUUAUGUGGAGAUGGAAUCUUGGCUAAAGAAUAAGAGGAAUGUGAUGAUGGAAAUAUUGAAAAUGAUGAUGGAUGUGAUUCUUAAUGCAAAAUUGAAAUUCCUCAAAAUUAUAUUAAUGAUUUAUUAGUAUGGCAAUUCACUGGAAAUACUACAUAUGAUUUCUAACUUAAGAAUUCAGAAUAUUAACUUUAAUUAAAUUGUUAAAAUCCAUUUAUUAUUAUUGAUGGUAUUAGUACAAAUGAUUAUUCAUUUAAUAUUACAUUAAUCAAUAAAACAUGUAGUUUAUAAUUUGAAUAUUUUACAUCUAUAUUCAAACAUAAUAUUAUACAUGUAGAGUUAAGUCUUUAAUUUAAUCAAAAUAGAUUACUUAAUGAAAAUAAUGAAAAUAAUGUAAGAAGUGUAAAAUUUGAUAUUUAACCUAAUGAAUAAAUAAUAAUAUCAUAAGAUUAACAAUAGUAAGCAUAAUAAAUUGCUAAUGUAUAAUAAUCUUUUAAUUUCUUAUUUAUUAUAAUAAUUCCUGUAUCCAUAGUAACUAAUCUAUAUGAUUAUUUAUGGGCUGUUCUUGAAAUUUUAAGCUGGGUAAAUAAUUUCUAUUUUUUAAAUGUUAAUUAUCCUUUUAAUGUAGAAAUGUUCCUUUUAAAUUCAGAUUGGUCAUCAUUUGUUACUCUUCCUACAUACUAAGGCUUGAAUUAACCAGAUUGCUCUUAUUAUUUUACAGCACCAUAAAAAUUUUAAAAUAAAGGAAUAGAUCCAUUAUUUUUCAAUAAUAUUCAAAUACCUUUUAUAUUUAUUCUCAUCAUUUUUUUAAUAUAUGAAUUCAAUUUCAUAAUAUUAUUUUUCUUUAAUACUCUAAAUCAAUUAGAAAUUAAAAAAUAAACUGUAAAUCAUAAACACUUUAGUAUUUUUAAUUUAUAAGUUAAACGAAAAACAUAAUAAACUUAAUUUUAAUAACAAUAAUAGGAUAAAUAAAAGACUUAAUAAACUUAGGUUUAAUAGUAAUAAAAUUAAUAAAAUCUACAAAAUAAUAGUAUUGUAAAUUAAAUAGUAGGUUAUUUUAUAGUAAUAGAUAAGAAAUUAAAAAAUAAAUUAAAAUAGACUCUUUCAUUGUGUAUGUUAGAUAUUACAUUAGCUAUUAUGCUUUAGAUUACUUUUUCAAAUAAUAACUCAAAUAUAAUUGUUGGUUUAAAUUAGUUUUUUGCUAUUAUAUCUAUCAAUAUAAUUAUAUUUUAACUUUAUCAGUCUUAUUAAACACUAAAUAUACAUAUAUUACUUGCAGAAAAUAAAUAAUAUAAAGAACAAUUUGAAAUUUAUUACGAAAAUGUCAAUACUGAAGAAUCAUUUGGAUAUUAUUUUAAAUUUUUUGGGUUGAUUAGAAAAAUCUUAUAUAUCUUUUUUAUGGUUCAUUAUUAUUAUUAUCCAAUUUUCUAAACAUUAUUAUGUUUUGUUUCAACAUCAAUUGGAGUAGUAUUUAUUUUAUAUUAAAAUCCUUAUAAUUCUAAAAGGGAAUUUUACACUUAAUUAAUUUCAGAAUUCAGUUUGAGUAUAAUAUUAUUGAUAGCAGUGUCAUUUUCAAUUAAUGAUACACAAUAGAUUAUAUUUAUAUAACAUAAUAAAAUUACUUUAGGUUGGGUCGUUAUUGCAUUUGUCAUUUUAGCAAUCUUUAUUUAAAUAUGUGGAUUAAUUUAUGGAUUAAUGAUUCAUAUCUAUUAACUAUUUUUGAAAAUAAAGAAUUAUUAUUUAAAUAUUAGAAAAGAUAAUCAUUCAAUAAAAAAAUAAUAAGAAAACAUAAAUAAUGAUCCAUCAUAACUUGAAGGAUAAUAACAAAUUAUUUAAUUUAAUAAAUUAUAAUUAAAUGAAAAGCAAGAAAUCAAAAGAAAUUUUGAAUAAUUAAAUGUAAUCGAAUAAUGA